AUGUCUUACAACGAUGACAACCAGCGCGGUGGUGGUUACGGAGGUGGUGACAGCUAUGGCUCCGGCGGCCGUCGAGGUGGUGGUUACGGUGACGACCGCUAUGACUCUGGUCGCAAAACAGGUGGAGGCCUAGGAUCUGAUGAUACAUACGGCUCAUCUGAUCGCACCGGAGGCGCAACAGGCCGUGCUUAUGAUGAUAGCGGCCGAACCGGAGCUGGACUGGGCAGUGACAAUGCGUACGGAAGCUCUGACCGCACUGGAGGUGGUCUAGGAAGCGAUGACAUCUAUGGCGAUUCUGGAAAUACUAGCGGUCGAAGCACUGGUCGAGACAAUGGAUACGGCAAGGACAGCAGCCGAACCACUGAUCAGUUGUCUGGUGGCUUCGGUCAAAGUGACGAUUCCUAUGGUUCCAGCACACGCACUGGCGGGGGCUUGGGCGAUAACGAUAACUAUGGUCGUCGUGGAGACACUUAUGGCUCAUCUGGUCGCACUGGUGGUGGCUUUGGCUCCGAUGAUACAUAUGGGGACUCCGCGAGAACUGGUGGUACUUCCACCGGCCGUGACGAUGACUAUGGCAGGAGCUCCGGCCGAACCCAAGAACAAGAGCGAGGUGGCUAUGGCGGUAGCAGCUAUGACGACGAUGACCACUCCCGAGGGAAGAAAGACUCGACCGCUGGCAAGAUUAUGGAAAAGGCCGGGAGUCUUUUUCGGAAGUGA